AUGGCCACAAAAAUUGCCAAAUCGUUACGACCUAAUUCAACGUCAAUAAAAUGCGGAAAUGACGUCACAUUUGCAGAACUGCUAGAAUACAUUGUCAACAACAGACAUUUUACUGACAGCGAAAGACGUGUGAAUGAACAUUUUCAGCCGACGGUGUUUAGUUGCAACCCUUGCAAAUAUCCAUUUGACAUUAUCGGUAAAGCAGAAACCUUUGCAAAGGACGAGGGUUUGAUUCUCGCUAGUGCACGGUUGCUGGGUGAGGUUAGUGAAGGAAAACAAUCCGACCGAAUAUUGACAGAAGUUAAUUCUUUAGUUGACUAUAACCUUGAUUUCAAAGAUUGGCUUGGUAUAGACAUGCCAGACGAAUGUUUCAGCUUUAUCGACGUCAGCAGACGGCUGUGGAAAGUAUUUCAGUUAAACGGCUACAUCGGAGAUGAAGUUCACUUUCCGGAAAAGCAGUUUGAACAUUUAAAAGAUAAAGCUUCAUACAAAAACGAAUUGAAAUUCAUCAUUUUUGAACUACGCAAGAAGGCGGGCAUGGAGAUGCUUAAUAAGUGGAAGCAACAAAAACAGAGAUCUAUGCAUGAGGCAUAUAAAACACUGCCUGCUUCUUUGCUCGAAAAGUUUACUACAAUGUUUUCCUAUGACUUUGACUUAUUCCAGUACGAAAGACACCCUAACUGGCUCCGAAAAUAA